UUACAUGACGCCAAAAAUGUAGUGUAAUAUUUGGAAAUUAAUGAAAUGAUCGAAUAUUUUAUUUUCUUCACCUUAUGUAAUGGAAAAGAAGAGAGAAUUUAUAAAAUUUAAAAUUUUUUUACUUAUGGCAUAUUUAUUAUUUCCAACGAUAUUAUCACGACCGUGAAUUUAUGCACUUCUUCAUCAUGUUUAUGUAUCAUUUCUACUGAAAAUGUUUAAUUUACCCUCGGACCCACUUGUAUAUACAGAAUGCAUGUAGUUAUCGACUUUUAGAAAUCGAUAACGUAUAGAUAUGCGAAACACAGUAUUUUCUACAAAUCAAAUGUAAUAUUUUUUGAUUCCGUAACGCGUAUGACGUUUGCAUUUAAAGAAGGUGCAUGAUGAUUCACACGGUGCUUUACAUGGCGUUUGUUUGUAUCCAUGUGAUGUCAUCAUCAACGAUGUAACCUUUUCCUGCAUUCAAUCAAGAGAUGUCUCAUGCUAAAUCACGAACUAUGUAUUUAUAUAUUAUGUAUUUACAUGCGAGCCAUCCUAUUGAAUAUCUUAAAUUUUAUUAACGAUUAAACUAAUUAAGUUCUUAAUGAGCUUAAUCACUUGAAUUUUAGUUAUAUAACAAAAAUGUCUUUUUGCUCUAUGUGUCUUAUAAAAGUAAUCAAUUUUUGGACGGUCGCGUGGAUUUGGCAUUCUUUACUUUUUAAAAAAAAGUAAUUUUUUAAUUUGUUUUUAUAUUAGUUGGUAUAAUGAUAACAAUAAAGUCAUUAGAUUCAAGUCGUUUAUUAAGAGAACAGCUCCUUUCUUCUAUUGUUUUAUUGUCUUACAUGCGAGACAUACAAAAUUAUAUGAAAGCUAAUAACUUACUUAUAGACAACAAGCAGAAUAAGCAGAAAUCGGAUCGGUCGCCGAUAAUCAUAGCCGUAAGAUAGCACAGGUUUAGAAUUCCAUCUUCGCUAACCGACUGACGUCGGUCAGGAGUCUCUAAAAAAUUUCCAAUGUACCGAACAUGAUCGAAAAUGAUUGGCAGAUAUGUUGUUGAAUAGCAAGCGAAAUUAGACGGUCACGAAUCCCAAUGGAAUAGUACCCUAUGCUCUGUUAUUUUUGUUACAGACAGUCUUUUAAUAGAACAUACUUCGUCGAUCUGUAUAUGCGUGAAAAUUGAUUUCGCGAUUUUGUUCCAUAACAUAUACCACAACAAAAUAUAAUCAUAUAAAAAUAUAUCCAACUUUCGGAAUUAAUAAAUUAUAAUUAAAAUGAUUAUUCUGACUUUAGAUAUUUAUAACGCCAAAGAUUUUAAUGGAAAGUCAAUCUGUAGAAUGAAGAAAAGAUUUCUAGAGACAUGGAUUUAUAGACAUGUGAACACAGUUUCUUAGCUUAAUAUAAAAAAGAAAUUUGAUAAAAUUACUGUUGUAUCGUAUAAUUAUGGCUGAUAGGUAAGAAAGUUGAGAGUAGUGAAAGUGACGUGAAAUAUAAAUUACUCUGUAAUGUACUCUUUAAUGUACAUAAUAUACAUGGGAGUUGCGAUUACUCUGGGAAUCUAUAUACAUGGGGAUUACAUUUUACUUUCUGUUUAUUCUAAUACCUCAAUAUCGCGUUCUGAUCGCACGGACAAGACUCUUGAUAUGAAAUUUCUCCGCAACAUGGAUCUUUAUACAGUUCUGAUCUAAUUUCCCAGAUUUGCGAGUGAAUUAUCUAUUAAGCGGAGCGAGAUAUGUGAUUAUCUUUUCGACGUUUGAAAAACACUUCGACGGCGCUCCCCCGUAUUACGAUUUAUCUUUGAUUGCAUAGGAAAUGACGGGAAGCAGUCUGGAAAAGUACCGUUACAACAUUUUCUCGUUCGCGAUUAUCUCGUAGAAAAGCUCGCGCGAUUCCCCGCUGUUCGGGUUGGUGCAGUUAGUGUUAAUGUGUGAUAAAAAUCUGACCAGGUCAACAGUGAUUCUCAUUCGCCUUAACCCAGUUCGCAGAGGCUUGAUGGGUGCAGACCGAUCUGUGCCAUGAUUACGGGCGCAAAUCAUGCCGGUAACGAUAACCGGCGCAAUGCCAGUCCGUGUCACUGUUGCUGUAACAUUGAAUGGAAUCGCGCGCAUUUUGCCCUUAUUAUUGAAAUCGCGAAAAUUGAUAGACGAAUCAAUGAUUUAAGGAUAUAUUGACUCUUAAUCGUAAACUCGUUCGAUCGAAUAUCAUAAAUUUAUUUCAAAUAUAUAUAUAUUUAACAAAGAACACAUUAUAUACAUACACAUAUAUUCAGAAAGUCAUUAACAUACGGAUAGUUUGCAUAUAUUUAUAUUAAAUAUCACGAUUUAUUAGAAUUAUCAUUUUUGUUACAUUUGCUCUGGAUAAGAUAUUACAUCCGCGUGUUUCUAGUUAAAUAGUAAAUAAUAUCGCGAAAAAGAAAUGCGGAGUUAGUAAUACGAGAUCGAAAGGCCGCGUUACGUUGGAAGGGGUUACACUGGAAAAUCUUAGAAGGAGAUGUGUUGCAUCGCUGCAUCAAGCAUUACUCGAUAUAUGCUGAUAAGUCGCAUAAUUUUUCCAUGAUGCCGCAAUAUAGUCGUUAUAUAUGAUUCGAGCUGAAUUAAGGAACUUUCCUUUAGAUGACACAAGAGGAUCGCGCGAGGCACGAUCCCGAUAAUAUAAUCGCCACGAGAGAGCAGGUUUUCAAGAAUGAAACACGAAAACUGAUGCGAAGGGAAUAGCUGCCAUCAGCGCCAUGUCACGCCCUUGUGUCGACGAAAUCAUCAUCGGCUGAAUUUCACACAUCUGAAAUCCCCGUGGUACAUUUAUUAUUUAUGAAUGGAUGGAGCUGCGACGGGGAUCGUUGAAGAAGGAUCGGUUGCGGAUCUGGGAGAUUUAGAAAGAUGGUGGAACAACCCAGGGAUCGCGGCCUGGAGCUUCGUGCUCUUCGGCUGCUUUCUCCUCAACGCGACUCUUCUGCUCGCGUUUCUUGUACGGCCCGGACUACGCACAAUUUCUAACAGAUUCGUGAUGAACCUAACCAUCUCGAAUUUGCUGACGUGUGCCAUGCUGAAUCCGCUGCUAAUGAUGGACGGGCCGGUACAAGGUAACACGUUGACAAUAUCUACGUCGAUGCCGGACGACGCCACGUCGCCGUUCGGCUCGACGUCAACGUCAACGUCAACAUCGACGUCCACAUCGGUCGCCAGCAAUAUUUGCGCGAUAUCAGAAGGCGCGACCGCGCUUGUCACCACAUCAUCAGUACUUUCGGUUCUACUGAUCGCCAUUGAUCAGUAUUUCGCUGUGGUGGACCCGCUGCGUUACCGUGCUCGGGUCGACAAGCUCAAAUCGGCCGUGCUGAUCGUCUCCGUCUGGCUGAUCUCGGCGGGAUUCGGCCUGGUUGCUGCUUUGAACCCCAACCCGCGUAGUCUGUGGUUGUCCUGCACGACGACGGUAUUGUUAGAUAAUUCGUCCUUCCGCGAAUACAUUGCGCCGAACAUUUCCGCGAUAGCGGAGGCACCGAUCGACCCCGCGUUUACAUUCUUCGGCAACGAGACGAGUGAGGAGAUUGACGACACGACGCCGAUGCUUUUAAAGACGAUCGAAUCGAUCAAAAUUGAUCGCAGCAUCGGCCUCCUCGAGAACUCCACCGUGACCUUCCUUACCCUGACCAACGAUUCUGUCACUUACGGGCUCAUUUACGCGAUCAUACACAGCGUAUUUGCGUAUCUAUUCCCGUUCGUCGGGGUCUGCUGGAUCUACAUCAGCAUCUACUCGGCCGCGCAUCGGAAUUCCGAGAGAACUCGCAGGACUGGUUCGCGACCGAUCCUGUCAUCGGCCAGCUUCUGCGAAGAUCCGUAUGCGAGACCGCAGCAUCAAUCCGCUGACACGUUUCCGGAAGAGUUCCGCAGAAUACCCAAAAUUUCGAGUCUCUCGUCCAUCGAUGAGACUAGCGAGACCGCGCAUUCGGCGGCCAAUCAGACGUCGCGUCGAAGAUCGUUCUCGUCAUCCUCGGACACUGCGCCAUCAGGAUCAAACGACGAGAAGACAUCGUCAGGAAUUGUUUUCACGGUCGGCAUGCAACCAGUGGAAGUCUCGUCUCCGCGCGAAGAAAACGAUAAUAAUCUGAUAGAAGCGGCAGAUCUCGAUAACGAUCGCGGUGUUUCGACUUAUGAAAAUCUUGUUAGAAAAAAAUUUAGUAAUAUGGAAGCGAAUCGCAGGCGGAAAUCAUCACACGAUCUAACAGACGAGAUCGGAGAGUCUUCCGAAUGGAUCGCCGGAGAUUCCAGCGGAUCUGAAUCCGAGGAUGAUCGACAUUAUAGUUACUUUGACUCCUUGGAAGUUCCUAGUGCAACUCGCAAGACAGCGGAUGAAAGAUCUUCCGAUUAUCUCUUGUCAUUCGCUACAUGCGAGACGACGAAAGAGCCGUGUGAAAACACGGAAACUUCCAGACAGGAUUCCCUCGAGAGGACGACUCGUCCUGUUGAAGAAGCAGAGAAUUCUGUCACUGUUAAAAACGCAGAACGGGAACAGGUUCAAAAUGAGAUCUCGAAUUUUAAUAGUAAUCCGGAGAACAAGAGAUCUAGACGACCGAGUCGCCGUUUGUCGAAAUCCGGCAUUUUUGAAGUUAACGGGGAACCGCACGCGAUUGAGCGUAAAAACGCGGACAACAACCUGGAACCCUCGUCUUGCCUCCUGGCGCCGAUCGUGACAAUCACGCCGGCGCCCGGGAAACCGGGUCUGCAGCGGGCGGCCAGUGUUCGCAGCACUAGCAGUUACAUUAACUGUAUCAAGCACAGGAUCAGUAACGGCUCCUUGUUCAAAUAUCGCGAGGAGACUCGGGCGGCCAGGAUCAGCGCGCUGGUGAUCGUCAUGGGUUUGAUCUGCUGGUCGCCGUACGUGCUGUUAAGUGUCAUAAAGAAUCUACCGCAGUACUCGGACUUCGAGUUUCCGCACGAAUACGACGUGCUCGCUCUCAGCUUCUUGAUCUUGGCCGCUUAUGCGAGCCCUUUGCUCUUCGGUUAUCGGUCUAAACGGGUGAAGCGAGAAUUGCGCAAGUUCUUUUGCUUCCAUCGCGAAUUAUCGUACAAAAACAAUCGCAGCCUGAUGGCGAAGAAGGUGCUGAAACGCCGGCACAGCAGCACUUUAAGCCAUUUGGAGAUGGAUCAUCGGUAUAACAUCUUCAAUUGCGUUUACGGUAAAAAUAAGUGGCCCAAAGAGAAGGUACAAUUUGUGCAGGUGCCAGAUACCGCCCUCGCGGUGGAGACUUGCAGAAGUAGCUUCUCCAGCGGCGCCAGUACACAGAUCUCCAGCACGUCCACGGAGGAGUGUUGAAUCGCGAUGGAUUUCGCGAAGUUGUGUGUCGAAAUCGCGAGAGAAUUAGUUCCUUUAAAUAUGAUUAUGUGUGAAAAGAGAUACGAAUGGUGUGAGAGGCAGCGUAAAUUAUUCCUGCGUUUAUAUAUCGGUCGUCUUCGAGCGAUCGAGACAAUAACGAAAUAAAUGACGUGGCCGAAUGAGAGAAUAACUUGUGUGUAUGUUUUGAUAUGCGAAUCGGCAUACUUUCACGAGUUCGUCAUAGUUCUUAGGUGUUCCAGAGAUAGAUCGUUCUUUAUUUUCGAAUAUAUGAAUAGUGCCGAAUGACGUUCUCGUUGCGUGCAUCUUGCAUCCUGAAGUCAUGUAAAUCGUUCUUUUUCCGACGACUCUCUUUCUCACUUUUACGAAAUUCGAUCUUGCAAAAUAAAAGUGCAAUCGAUCGUCGUUGAAGCAGUUUGUUUUGAAAACAUCGCGAAUUUGAAAACUCUCGGCGAGAGACCUCGUCAUAAAGUAACUGAAUAAUACGCAUCGGCAUCACCUUGCACCGCAAUCAAAAUAAACGGUUCGUUGCAUUGUUUCGAGCUUUGGCGUACGGCGCGAUGACCGUUCGACGAAGAGAGCAUCCGUAUUAGUAUUCAGAGCAUUAUUGUCGUCGGGUAUUAGCCAGCUCGAGAAGUAUUAGAGUUCGCCGAACCCGAGAAGGAGGCUUUAGUCUUUACGCUUAUUUACGUACUGCAUUCACGUACUUCCUUCUCCUGCGUUUGUAGCAUCGUUUGGUGCACGCAGGUAGAUCAAUCGGUGCAGCAAUGUACACUUUUGAGCGACUAUUUAUUCAAAUGCGUCGUAUGCGCUUGUAUUGUACGACUCUAUGUAGAUAUGUACACAGUAUUUCAUGACAAAAUUCUCGUCGAAGACACCGCUCCUCUAAUUAUUAUUUUUGUACAUUACGAAUAUAUAUAUAUAUACAUAUAUACUCAUUUAUAUUUAUAUUAAAUAAUUUGUACAUAUAGAGAGAAAAGGACGGCGAAUCUCACCACUGCUAGUUUGUAUCCUCUACGUAGAAUUACUCGUAUCCUGUGUGUGUAAAACUUCAUCAGUGUGUACAAGUGGUCUGUAGUAAUGUAUGAUAUAUUAUCAUUACCGUUUGGUAUUAUCCGUCAUGGUGAACUCAACACAGGCUGUCUAUAACAUGUGAUAACACGAAACCAAUCGCAACUUAAUAUUAAUUAAUUUAUGUGACUUUCUCAAUAAAAUAUUUUUUGCGAGAGGCAA